UCACACAAAAACAAAUACUUCAUGUUUGGGUGUAGUGUGGUUAAUGCUAUCAACUGCAUUUGUAAUCGGAAGUUUAAAGCGAAAGUAAAGAAAACUUUCAAAACAUAUUUUUUUCCCUAAUAUCCUAACAAUCACUGCAACAAGGAACUGCUCUGUGAAAGAUUUGUUCCCUAAGGCUUGUUUGUUUGAGGAGUAUCAAGCGUCACUCAAGAGCUGGGAUAACUUGUGUUUAACAAACAGAACCUCCCUACAUUUUCUUCGCCCACGCAGUGAUCCUGUUGCUGACCGACUGAUCCUCCUAUUGAUUGCUGAAGAAGUCACAGACUUGCCAUCAACAUGUCAGGACCAGGUUAUCCAUCCCCAAACCAGCCUCCAUAUCCCAUGACCCAUGUAGGCGGACAGUCCAUGCCCCCCUAUCCCAUGGGAGGUUACGGAGAACCUGGGUAUGCUGCCCCACCAGUAGGGUUCCAAGUAGGGUACCAGCCAGUUCCAGAUCAGCCAGUCAUGUACCAGCCUGGUCCAACUAGUCCAGCAUCUCACCAGGGCCAGCCAUAUGGAGCUCCUGCACCUGCUCCUGCACCAAUGUCAGUGCCUGCUGGAGUACCACCUGGUCUGGAGUACCUCACUCAGAUUGACCAGAUCCUCAUUCACCAGAAAGUGGAGUUGUUAGAGGCAAUUAUUGGCUUUGAGACCAACAACCAGUACGAGAUCAAAAAUAGCCUCGGCCAAAAGAUGUACUCUGCCAAAGAAAAGAAUGACUGCUGCACACGCAACUGCUGUGGUGCACUGCGCAGCUUUGACAUGAAGAUCAAAGACAACACGGACCGAGAGGUCAUACGGCUGAUCCGUCCUUUCCGUUGUGCCUCCUGUUGGUGCCCCUGCUGUCUGCAAGAGCUGGAGGUACAGGCACCCCCAGGAACGACCAUAGGGUAUGUGAAACAGGACUGGCACCCCUGUUAUCCAAAAUUCUCCAUCCAGGGAGCUAACAAAGAGACAUUGAUGAAGCUUGAGGGGCCCUGCAUGGCAUGUAACUGUUGUGGUGAUGUGAAUUUUGAGCUCAAAGGCAAGGAUGGUGGGCAGUCUAUUGGUCGAAUCAGAAAGCAGUGGAGCGGCCUGUUGAAAGAAGUCUUCACCGACACUGACAACUUUGGCAUUCAGUUCCCUCUGGACAUGGACGUUAAGAUGAAGGCUGUACUUAUGGGUGCUUGCUUCCUCAUUGAUUUCAUUUUCUUUGAAAAAGUUGGAGACACUAACCAGCGGAACACUGUGUUCUCUUAGGGUGUGAGGAUUUACUGUUACUUGCAAAAUAACUUUUGUGAACCCAUCAAAAUCAUAAAGUGUACCAUUGUACCACAGCAGUGGGCAAGAUUUAAUAAUAACCACUAAACAGAAAAAAACACUAUAAAUAUGUUUUAAAUAGGAAAAAUAAAUCUGUUCAAAGUAACUUUCAUGGCUAAAAUGGCAUUUUGCAUGGUCACAUGCUCAUUUACCAGCCAACUCCCUUUGGGGAUUUUUCAUUUAAUUUCAUUAAAUUAUUCAAUACAAUUAUUACCAAAAAUAUGUAGUGAUGGAAUUUUAGGAUUUUUACUUCAGAAUGGAAGCAUCCAGACUUUGUAAAUGAAUUGUUACUGUUAGACUAGUUGUUUUGCACAGCAAUUAAAUAAAAAUAAAAAAAAUCUAAACGUCCAUUAGCAUUUUAUUCUUGCUUGAUGCUCAAAGGUUAAUAUGAAUUAAUAAAUGAAUGUGCCAUCUGCUUGGA